GGGAACCAGGGCAACAGGGUCGGCUGGGCAGUCUGGUUCGGGUGGGAAAUGGAGCGGUGGCAGGAGGUGGUGCAGUACCUAGGGCUGCCCAACUCUCCUCACCCAGGCUCCGCACACGCCCAUGGCCACCCACGGUGCUUCGCCCACCCACUCCCACGGGCACGAGCCGUCUCCACCAUCCACAUCCCUCUACCCCACUCGACUCCUCUCCUGCCACCUUGCCGCCCGUGCCCAGGGCGUCCUCAUCAACAACGCCACACUGCCGCCCCCCAUGUCCGACCCCAUGACCCACAACAUCACCUACACCAACAGUAUGGCAGGAGCCUCCAGCCACCUGGUGACCAGCAGUAUGAACCUUACCAACAGUUCAGACCUUGCUGGUAGUGACCACAAUCAGUACAAGAUGGAGGCCAAUACAACUUUACCCUCAGAUAUGAUGUAUUACCAGAACACAACUACAGAAAUGAACCAGACAACAGAUGGUCUUCUGACAUCCAUACUCAACGAUGAAGCACUAGGAUUGAUGGAGAUAGCCAUGAAUGACUUGUUGUUGUCGGGCACAGCUGGGUGCGUGCUACCUCAGCUUCACGGUGAGGAAGGUGUGGACGCCUCCAGUGACUCCGCAGUGUCCUCCCUUAGUCCUGACGAGCCAUGGGGCACAAUGGACCACACAACACAACUCUCAGACAGUGGCAGUCGAAACCAAAGUGGAGAUUAUAAUGCAGGAAGUUAUAGAUACGGCCCUGAAGAUCCCCACCGGAUGCCUCCUUUACCAUUAAAGAAACAACAUAUGUUUGGCAGAGGUGGAGCAACAGGAAGCCUGGGUGGUGGCAGCAGCAGUGGUGUUGGGAAUGUAGGUGGAUAUGGAACACACUACCCUCCUCCCAGCAUACCCUCCAUGGAAGGAGCCACAGCUCUCGACCCUGCAGAGAUGAAGUAUUCCUGUACCAUGGACUUCCGCUCCCAAGGGGAAGUGUCUGGCUCUGGAGUGGAGCAUGUCCAACACAAUCACACGUACCAUAUGUCCCCUGAGGGUCCAUCUGGCCUCACACGACCGACUGCCAGAGACAAACAAAGAAAUCGUAAAAAUGAUCAUGAACGAACAAUGUCCCGGGAUGAGAAACGAGCACGGGCGAUGAACCUCCCUAUUUCAUGUGAAGACAUCAUCAAUCUACCUAUGGAUGAGUUCAAUGAACGUAUCUCUAAGUAUGACUUGACUGAGGCACAGCUCUCUCUCAUCCGAGAUAUACGUCGUCGUGGCAAAAACAAGGUUGCUGCACAAAAUUGUCGCAAACGUAAACUAGACCAGAUACUUCAUUUAGCAGAUGAGGUGAAGGCAAUUCAGAACCGAAAGAAUGAACUCUACAAUGAAUAUGAAUACCUGAACACUGAACGAACUCGUAUAAAACACAAAUUCUCAUUGUUGUAUCAUCACGUCUUCCAGAGUCUACGAGAUCCUGAUGGUAACCCAUAUUCUCAACACGAUUACUCAUUGCAACAAUCAGCAGAUGGCAGUGUCCUUUUGGUUCCUCGGUCAUCCCCAAGCCAUUCCAUGGAUCCAAGUACUAGUAAUAAGCCUAGAGGCAAAGGCAAAGAUGACCCAAAGCAGUGAGGGGCCCUCCUACCUAACCCCACCACACCGCUUAAUUGUAAUAAAUCAGGAUCCACCUCACUGAAAAAAAGAACCCUCACACCAUGACUAUCAAACUGAUAAUGCAUUACUACACCUCAACUUUGGUUAGUGUUACUUGGUACCGUGCAGCAAGACUUGCCAUGGUGCUGCCACUCCAAGUUCAGUGUUAUUAAUAAUAACAGGGAAAUCCUGCAUGGUGCUGUAAUAUUUCUUGACAUUUAAAUCAUUGAUUUAAGCAAUGAGAAACUUGUACAUUAGUUAGUGGGUGUAUUAUUGUAAUUCACAAGUGUCAGGAGCUGAAGUUGUAGACCUUGUGAUGAUGUCUGUGGUGUUGCAGAGGGUUGUCAAUACCUUGUGAUUUUUAUUAGUUGAUAUUUUGGCAAUUUACCAGUAACACUUGUCAAGCUAGAUUUGAUAAAGUUAUAGUUGCCCUAUCUGCUCAGUGCUAGUUUACAUUUAUUAAAAACUUGCAUUCAGGACUUAUUGUACUCGAGGCUAAGGCUACUGGUAACAAUUUUACUGAGUUACAAUGGCUGUGAUAAUAUCUCAUGAGUAAAUCAUAUUUGUGCAUAUAACAAGCAAGAUCUCUUAAUGUGUUUCAUUGCUUCAUAUCACAGCUUAAUAUGACCUUUGCUAAAUUCUUUGUACAGGAAUUUCAGAUGUAUUUUUUUUUAUGUAGCACAGUUGAUAAUACUAUUUGAAGUAGAUAAUUAGCUAUCAAAGCAUCAUCUUAGUCAUGUAAAAAUGGGCAGCAUGGUUCUCUUAAAGUGGGUAUUGUGCCACAAAGGGGCAAGUGGGAAUAGGGAAGGUUACUAUCAGUGCAAAAAAAAAUCAUUUAGGCAGUGUAAAUAGAGGGCAAAUGGUUGUCAGGACCAUUUUUAUAUGUAAUGAUCUCAAACUUGUGCAUUUCCUGCUAAAUUUUCUGGAAUUCUUCAGACUUGAGUGUCAGUUAAUAAUUUAAGAAUUUGAUUUGCAAAAAAUUUUAACUCCAUGUUAAUCGAUUUAUUUUAAGAAUAUUUUAUUAAUCAGAAUAAUAAUUCUUUAUCCAAAAUGGUAGUACCUUUAAUAACUCCAGUUAUAUGCUGGCUCUCAGGUAGAAGGUUAAAUCAAUGUAAGUAAACACACAUUCUUGUUUCGAAGUGCAAGCAAGUGGCGAUUGCUUCACGUAAGUGACAGCCAAACCAGUAUGUAGGAUUCUUCAACAGAUGCUUCAAAUAUAGCCUCAGUCUGAAGCUCUUGAUACUGUAAAAGUGUUUGUGGCGAACAAAAAUUGAAGAUUCUAUGUAUGGUCAGCCACCCUUUAAGUCCCUGUGGGAACAUAGUGUCAAGAGUUAUUGGAAGUAAAUUGGAAGUUUUGAUUAGUAUAUUUCAGCAUUAACUAAGAAUGCAUUUGUAUUCGCUAAAGUUGUAAAGUACAAAAAAUUUUAAAAAUUCAUGUUCUAAAAUUUUUACAACCAAAUAGUUUAUGCAGAUAUAUUUUAUCGUGCCACCCAGCUGUGAAUGUGGGAAGAGGCAUAUAUGAUUUAGCUGUUUUAUCUACUUUUCUGUACACAAAAUAUAUAACUACAUGAGAAGUCUAAACUAUUUACAGAAAAAAAUAAAGAUUUUAUUUAAGUGAAUAAAUAUAAUAUCUUGUCCUCAUGAUCUUCUGUUGUUUGAAAUGUCUAAAUAUGUAUGUUCAUUGUAUGGAAAAGCCCAAUUUAUGUAGUUGGGAUGUACUUUAGUUGUGCAUAAAAAAAAAUAUUUUUUGUUGCUAAAGAAAUUAUGAUGAAUUGAAUGUCAUUGGAGGUUUGCACUAAAACAUUUGUCCCAAUUUUUCAUAACCAUAAUACCUCCCAGUAUAAACUCACUGAAAGUUAACCAUACAGUAAUUAAGCAAAUGAGGUCCUAGACAUUAUACAGAACAGUUAAGAUUGACAUUUCGUUAUGGUAUUGCUGCACCAAAAGCUGUGUAGCCAGCCAAGGACACAGAUAAAGUUGGGAUACCUGAAUUAAUAUAAGGAAAAUUAACCAGGUUUAUUUUGAAGAUAUCUUGACAAUAGAAUUUUAUAUUAAAGUUCAGAUGUCUUAUGUAACUUGUUCAGGGACAAACUUUUCCUCUUUUUUUUGUGCUUUGAGUGGAUGCUGUUACAGUGUCCCAGAUUUAUUAAAUGAAUAGUUAUAUAUUCACUUAGAUGUAUAAUUCUAAUAAUUGAAAUAUCUGAUGCAUAUGCAAAAUAUUUGAUUUCUUUGUUAAAAUUUAAUUGAAUAUGGGAUUUUACCCAACCACUACUUCUACAUAUAUGCAGUAUAUAUAGAAAACAACAUUAAUUUGGACUAUUAUGAGGCAGAGGGUAUACAGAAAUACCAGGGAGUAUGAAUUUAAUUAGCAUUUUCCCAUCUCUUAUGGCACACCAGAAUCAGAAUUAUUAUUGCAUGAAAGUAUGUUAUUAAAGCUCCUUUUUUUUAUUUUUUUUAAACUGUGAAAUUCAUUUGCCAGAUAGGAAAAUGCAUUGUGCUAUAACAGGGACCAGUGAAAACUGUUUGAAGUGUAGUUUUGCAAAAGGAUAUAUUAAAGGACAUCUCCAGAGAAAAAUUAUUUUUCCAAGUGAUGCUCAUUGAUUUCAAGUCUAAUAUUAACCUCUUCAGAAUUGGGAUUUUUGAGAGAGCUGACCCCUACACUGAAUUUUCCAGAAUAACAUCUUCACUAAUACAGGAUUGACAUAUAGUAUACUGUACAUCAGACAGUAUUACCCCUUUCAGAGUGAUUCCAAUAGAAUUGCAUGGAUUUUUACAAUUGGAGAGAGUGCUGAUCUUUACCCAUUGACCUUUUAAUACAGUAAGAACAAGAAAAAUGAGGGUAGGUGACAAUGGAUUCUGGAUUAUGUUGUCAAAUGUAAAGUUGGACCUUGGAAAUCUGGCACUCAUUAGACGUUUAGUGCCAGAUUGUAAAUUUUCUAGUUUUGCGAAAAAGAUCAUUUUCCCGUUGCAUAGAUAAAAAUAUACCAGAACGAGUGUAAACAUAAAAAAACACAUGAAAUUAGUAUACAGUACUAUGGCUGGUUAAAAGAUAUUAACAAAUACUAAGCUUCUUUUCCUGGAAAUUCUACUAAAUUAAUAUUGUCACUAAACAUAUGCACUCACAGGGUGAUAACCUCAAUGAGGCUGAGUAAGGAAACCUGUCAGCCAACCUCCCUGACUUGCCUAUAUCCACAAAGUUGCCAGCUACUUCUUGGUGUACCUAUAUUAUAGUUUCUUGAAAUUUAAUAGGUCACUCAUUACUUAUGUAAUUCUAUAGUAAACAGACCUUGAUUCUUUUAAAAUACUGUACCCAACUCUUUAAUUUAAAUAAAUUUUCUGUGUGAUGUCUGAUAACAAAGAAAAAAGUGAUGAGGUUGGCUCAUACUGCUAUUCAUUGUACUGCAAUGUAAUUUAAAAAAAUUAUGAUUAGAUAUAUGAAUUCAAUAUUUUAAAUGUUUUCAAUAUUACACAUUCUCAAUAUCAUAAAAACAAACAAUCAAGAAAUAACCGGGCAGGCAGUGAGUAGAUCAAGAUAUUUACAAUAUCAAGUGGCCACCUCACUUAGAGAUGGCCAUGUCAGGAAGGAGGCCAGUGGCAGGUGUAGUAUAAUAUAAUACAAAACAACAAAGCCCAACAAUUAAAUUAAGCAAACGGGGAACUAAGUAACCAAUGGGGAACUAAGUAACCAAUCACCGAUCACUUUUACAUUUAUUCAUAAUUUUUUCUUUGUACUGUAAACAAACAGCCUUGAGUUGCCAGCUAUCUCCAGUAGUGUUCGAAGAAUCUUGAACGAGACUGUACAAUUACAAAGCCUUGAAAAUGUGCCCAGCAAAUGUAUGAAGAUUUUGAUAACCAGGCUUGCCACCUUUGUUCAGAACAUUCAUAAGUAUUUGAAAUUAACACUUUAGAGAGCAGUGGCACACUUAAGCAUUUUAUUCUGGCAAAAGCCAAAUAAUUUUAUUCAGUUGAGAAAACCCCUGUCCUAGAAAGGAUUGCAGGGAUGGUACACACCACUAUACAAAUGUUGAUCUGUAAGUCCACAAAAUUAGAGCAAACACUACCACAUGAAACCAGUUGACAAAUGUUUACAAUAAAAGCAUGGGCUGUGACAUAUUGUAUAAAUCUUCUAAAGGGGUCAGUUUUCUGAGAUUCAGAUUUCCAAGAUUCUACUGAAGAGAAAUUGGCUUGGUAGGAACAGUUUAUUUUGUUAUAGCCAACAAAGGAUUGUAGAUCUGUUGUCAUUAACAAAAGGAUAUGACAUUCUCUCCACAAAAUGAAAAUCCAUUUUUUUUCUGACUACCAGUUAAUAGCGACAUCACUUGGCAUUCACAGGAAAUGGCCUUUAAAUUCUUUCUUAUUUUACAAUUUCAAGGUCCAGAUAUUGAAAUAAAACUAACCAUAAGCUGUACAGUAUACCUGUACUGUAUAUGGUAAUCCUAAUCCUUUUCUAAAAUUUAAGUUGCAAAGUGAAGCCUCAAGCAACCAAAAUAUUGUGGGGGAUCGUGACUGACUAUACCCUUUCCAUGCUAACCUGGCCCAUAAGCUACACCCCUCGUCUAUAGCUGCAAAUAGUUGAUUGGUUUCCCCGAGCGAUUUACUUCUCCCGGACUGCACGUGUAUAAGCUCGUAUUUAUAUUAACCUUUUAUGAUAAAUAUUUAAAAAAAUUCUAACAUCCUCUUAGAAGUGCUAAUGCCUUGAAGUCAUUUGCAUUUUGAUGGUUCAGACAUUUAACAUUAUUUUAGGUAAUAACAGGUCUCCUUACCCUUUGUGAACACAUUUAGUUCGAAUUUUCUAUGAACCAAUCAGCUGUUAGUAUAGAAGAGGGGCGUGGCUUACAGGCCAGGUUAGCAUGGAAAUACUAUAGUGAACAAAGGAAGCAGGGAGUCAAAUACUGCUUGGCUGACAGAGGGUGCAUAUACUGUAUGAGGUUAAUUAUUUUAUGGGUUAUUUUUAAGUUUUAUAUUUUUAAUUUGUAUAGAAAUUUGUUGUAUAAAGUUACUAAAACAAAA